AUGCACGUCGAGUGCAGGGCAGCGCCUGAUGCUGCCACUCGCCGUGCAGUGGGAACCUCCACUCGUUGCGGUGUUGCGAGCCCGCGAGUGAUUGAUGGACGACGAAAGUCUAAAUCUAAAUCCGCCGAUAGAAGGAGAGGAGAGUGCAUGCAGUUGGCGUCCUGGAAUGUCAGGUCGCUCGUGAAUGCUUCUGGGCCUGUGGAGACGGCAUUUGUUCGAAAGAAUUCAAAUUUUAGAAAUUCAAAUUUUGAAUUUGACAAGGAUGAUCGGAGGGUCGAUGUCGUCGUCGGCGAGCUGAAGAGACUCGACAAAGAGGUAGCUGGCCUGCAGGAGACUCGCUGGUUUGGGGAGGAGGUGUAUUCUGUUGGUGAUUCGGCUGUCCUAUCGACUAGGUGGAGAUUGCCGAGCGGUGAUGGUUCCUUUCUCCGCGGCGCGUGCGUAGCUGUUGUGCUGCGCGGACGCGCGCUUCGUGCCUGGAGAGACAGAGGUUCGCAGUGGGCACCGGUUUUGCCCCGUCUCACUGUGGCGGUACUUCGCUUCGUGUCGGGGCGCAGUAGAAAGUCGGUCAAUCUCCAUGUCAUCGCCUGUUACGCACCGACAUUCCGCGCCAAGAGAUCUGUCAUGGACAGCUUCUUCAACGAUCUGCAACGCGCGAUACAGGAUGUGCCUGGCGAAGACAAGUUUGUUCUUCUAGGCGACCUCAACGCCAGAGUUGGUUCCCGUCAAUCUGGAAUUGCUGAUGACUGGCAGGGAGUUCGUGGCCUCCAUGGUUUUGUCGAGUAUAACGAGUCAGGCGCGGAGUUGCUUUUAUUCCUCCACAUGAACGAUGCAGCCGUGUGCAAUACUUGGUUUCAAAAGAGGGCAUUCCACAAACAAUCCUGGCAGUACCCCAGGACCAAGCAAUGGCACGCAAUAGACUUCAUCAUCAUGCAUCAUAAGGACCGACGCCUGUGUCGUGAUUGCCGCGUUGUGCUGAAUGGAGACUGUGGCUCAGAUCAUCGUAUGGUAUGCCUCACUGUUCAGCUUAGGCAGAUGUGA